AUGGCAAGAGCAACGAUAAAAUCAGGUACGAUUAAUCUUCUAAAUACAAUCAUAGGAGCAGGAAUUUUAACAAUGCCAUAUGGAUUAAAAUCAAAUGGAUUAAUAUUUGGUUGUUUACUUAUAGUUUGGUCUUCAUUAACAUCAGCAUUUGGAUUAUAUUUACAAAAUAAAGUUGCAAAAUAUACUGAACAAAGAGGAUCAGUUUCUUAUUUUCUGUUAUCACAAUUAACUUAUCCUAAUUUAUCAAUAUUAUUUGAUUUAGCUAUAUCUAUUAAAUGUUUUGGUGUAGGAAUUUCUUAUUUAGUUGUGGUGGGUGAUUUAAUGCCUAAAAUUAUGGAAACUUUAAAUGUUAAAUCUGAUUCAAUAUUUAUGAGUAGAAAUAUUUGGAUAUCUAUAUUUAUGAUAUUUAUAAUAACUCCAUUAUCGUUUUUAAAAAAAUUAAAUUCAUUAAAAUAUACAAGUAUAUUAGCUUUAUUUUCUGUGGCAUAUUUAAUAUGUUUAGUUGUUACAAAGUAUUUUCAAAUUAUAAUUAUUGAUAAAAACCAUGUAAAUCAUAUUGAUUGGAUUGGUCCAAUAAGUUGGAAAAAAACAUUAAGUUCAUUCCCAAUGUUUGUAUUUGCUUAUACUUGUCAUCAAAAUAUGUUUGCUAUUAUAAAUGAAUUAAAACCACAUGAAAAAGAUGGAUCUCAAACAAGACAAUCAAAUCUUAUUAUUAGAAAUGCUAUUAUAACUGCAUUAUUAUCAUAUUUAGUGGUUGGAAUUUUUGGUUAUUUAACAUUUGGUAAUGAAGUUAAUUCAAAUAUUAUAUCAAUGUAUCCAAAAUCUUCAAUAAGUUCAUUAAUUGGAAGAUUAUGUAUAGUUAUAAUGGUUGCAUUAUCAUUUCCAUUACAAUGUCAUCCAUGUAGAGGUUCAAUAAAUCAUGUUAUACAUUUUUUAAGUGAAGGUUUUAAUGAUUUAAAAUUAAGAAAUAAAUCAAGUUCAAAUAAUAUUUCAACCGGGUCAACUGGAUCAACUGGUUCAACAACUAUAAGAAAUCAAGGGUAUACUUCAUUAACAUCAGAUAUAGAAAGUUUAAAUUCAAUAAAUGAAAAUAGUAUAAUUGAUGAAUCAUUCAUAUCAACAACACCAAUGGAAGGUGCUCAAGAUACUGAAGGUCAUGAUCCAAUUAUAAUACCAUUAACUACCAAAAAAUUCUAUAUAAUUACAACUUUUAUAGUUGUUGGAAGUUAUAUAAUUGCAAUAUCAGUUAACUCGUUAGCUAAAGUUUUAGCAUUUGUUGGAAGUACUGGAUCAACUUCAAUAUCAUUUAUAUUACCUGGAUUAUUUGGAUAUUUAUUGAUUAAAAAUCCAAAUAAUGAAGAAUUAAAUAAAUUAGAAAAAUUUUGUAAAUUUGGUGGAUUAGCUUUAGCAAUAUGGGGAUUUGCAGUUAUGGUUAUUUGUUUAAGUGCUACUAUAUUUUUAGGAGCAACUCAUUGA